GGAGGAUGGCGUGGUUUCGAUGCAUUGUUUGGUGUUGACGGAGCCAGCGCGUUCUCGGCACAAGUGAUGCUUUGUCAUUGAGACGUUGGUCCAAUUGUGUCCUCGGAGUGACACGUCCGUCUUCCUUCCAGCAUCCCGUCGCGGCUUGAGGAGUGCGUGGAUUCUGCGCUCAAGGUGGACAUCAUUAUUUCCAGGCUUUGCAACAGCGUGCAGCUGGAGCGCGAUGGAUCACAGCCGGAAGACAGGGCACGUUUUAAGUGUCAGCUUCAUUUUGGAGACGACCUGUUUACGACGUGAUUUAUAAUCUCACCCUGGACCAAACAUUUGGGGGAUUUUCAUACUACACCAAAUUGUAUAUAUUUGUGAAUAAUAGCCUAGAGUAAACAAUUUCUGAUUUCGUCGUUUGUUUUUCCUUGAGGCUCAUCUAAGCAUAUGACAUUACAAUGGAUAGGUUACAUUCUUCCAUGCGCAAUCGGCUCUACAGUUUGCCACAGCAUAUUGGACAAAAAGCAGCAAUGACUGGCGAUGGAGAAGACAGCGACAAGGACACUCGGAGGAAAAGUGUCAAGAUGCAACAUCUGCCUUCACCGUCUUCCACGGGCAGUAAAAAGGGCAUCUGUGACACCAAAAGCGGAGAGACAGAGACAGACGUAGGGAGAUUAUUUAGGACGAACGUGAAUGGGGACUGUCGGAGAUUUCGGGGUAGCCUGUCUUCCAUCAGCAGUCGACAUACCUAUGAUUCAAAUUUAGCUGAACAGAGGCGCCUCAUCACCGAGACAGACGGCAGCCCUGCCGAUGACAACCCCAGCGAUGAGCCGGGUUCCGGAGCGGACCAGGGGGCACAGGACGGCGGGGCAGGUGCUACCGGUGGAGCAGGAGCCCAGGAAGCGUCUCCCGGCGAACAACCCAGUUUCAUAAAGUUAGAAGGAAUCGAUCAGAUUAUGUCGGACGAUGACAGAAUGUAUCAGUCUGGCUUCAUGCAAAGACAGCUGGGGGCGAUGCUGCAACCUGGGGUCAACAAGUUCUCCCUCCGAAUGUUCGGAAGUGAGAAGGCAGUGGAACGCGAGCAAGAGAGGGUCAAAUCGGCGGGCUUUUGGAUCAUCCACCCGUACAGUGACUUCAGGUUCUACUGGGAUCUGAUCAUGCUGCUGCUGAUGGUGGGGAACCUGAUCAUCAUCCCGGUGGGCAUUACGUUCUUCAAGGACGAGCACACGCCCGCCUGGAUCGUCUUCAACGUGCUGUCCGACACCUUCUUCCUGGUGGACCUGGUGCUCAACUUCCGCACGGGCAUAGUGAAGGAAGACAGCACCGAGAUUGUCCUGGAUCCGCAGGAGAUAAAGCGGCGCUACCUACGCAGCUGGUUCGCUGUUGAUUUUAUCUCCUCCAUCCCCGUCGACUACAUCUUCCUCAUCGUGGAGACACGCAUCGACUCGGACUUCUACAAGACGGCGCGUGCCCUCAGGAUCGUACGCUUCAUGAAGAUCCUCAGCCUGCUGCGUCUGCUUCGCCUGUCAAGACUCAUACGCUACAUCCACCAGUGGGAGGAGAUUUUCCACAUGACGUAUGACCUGGCGAGCGCCAUGGUGCGCAUUGUCAACCUGAUCGGCAUGAUGCUGCUGCUGUGCCACUGGGAUGGAUGCCUCCAGUUCCUGGUACCCAUGCUGCAGGACUUCCCUGCUGACUGCUGGGUCUCCAAGAACAAGAUGGUGAACGACACAUGGGGGCAGCAGUACUCGUACGCCCUGUUCAAAGCCAUGAGCCACAUGCUGUGCAUCGGCUACGGUAUGUACCCGCCCGUGGGUAUGACGGACGUGUGGCUGACCAUCCUCAGCAUGAUCGUGGGUGCCACCUGCUACGCCAUGUUUGUGGGACACGCCACUGCUCUCAUCCAGUCCCUCGACUCCUCACGCCGCCAGUACCAGGAGAAGUACAAGCAGGUGGAGCAGUACAUGUCCUUCCACAAGCUUCCGGCGGACAUGCGGCAGCGUAUCCAUGACUACUACGAGCACCGCUACCAGGGCAAGAUGUUUGACGAGGAGAGCAUCCUGGGCGAGUUGAAUGAGCCGCUGCGAGAGGAGAUAAUUAGUUUUAACUGUCGGAAGCUGGUCGCCACCAUGCCCCUGUUUGCUAACGCGGACCCGAACUUUGUGACGUCCAUGCUGACGAAGCUACGCUUCGAGGUGUUCCAGCCGGGAGACUACAUCAUCAGGGAGGGCAUGGUGGGCAAGAAGAUGUACUUCAUCCAGCAUGGGGUGCUCAGCGUGCUCACCAAGGGCAGCAAAGAGACCAAGAUCUCCGACGGAUCCUACUUUGGAGAAAUCUGCUUGCUAACCCGCGGGCGGCGGACGGCCAGCGUGCGGGCGGAGACCUACUGCCGGCUCUACUCGCUCUCCGUCGACCACUUCAACGAGGUGCUGGAGGAGUACCCCAUGAUGAGACGCGCCUUCGAGACCGUGGCGCUGGACCGCCUGGACCGCAUAGGAAAGAGGAACUCCAUCCUCCAGCACAAGGUGCAGCACGACCUGAACUCUGGGGCUCUAAACUACCAGGAGAACGAGAUCAUCCAGCAGAUUGUGCAGCACGACCGUGACAUGGCACAUUGUGCCCACCUCAUCCCCACCAACACGCCCAUGGGGGGCCCCGCUGGCCCCGACCCCGGACACACCCCCGUCAUCUGGGCGCCCCUCAUCCAGGCUCCGCUGCAGGCCGCCGCGGCGACCACCUCCGUGGCCAUUGCGCUCUCGCGUCACCCGCACCUGCACCAAACCCUCUACCGCCCGCCCGCUGCCCCGCACGGCUCGCUGAAGGGCCGCCCCAACACAAUGCGUAGGUUUCCGCUCGGGGCGUCCUCCUCGCUGGCUGGACCCGCAUCCGUCCCCACGGCAACCGCCUCCACCUCCGCCUCCCCAUCUCAGUUCUCAUCGGGGGUUGAGACGCCCAUCCUGGACUCGCUCAGGGCCAAGCGUGCCUCUUCAGCAUCGCUCACCUCCAUCCCCCACUUCCCUGCCGCCACCACCACUACGACCACCACCUGCACCACCACUGUCACUUCCCCCUCCUCGCAGCCAGGGGGCACCAGUGUGCUUUUCCCCCAGAGACAGCCGCCCCCCGCCUGUGUGUCCACCUCCUCCAGCUCUGCCCAGCUGCACCCUCCUCCCCCCCUGCCCCUGCCCCUGCCCCUGCCCCUGCCCCUGUCCCUCUCUCAGCCCUUCUCUAGCGCACCGCUGCCAGGCUUCUUCCAGCAGGGGGCGCCAGCGAGAGGCAGUUCAGGCAGGACCCAGUUUGCUGCUAUAGGCUCCAGUCUGGCUCCACUGGUGGCCAGUUCCAUCAACCCCAUCCUGAGCCAGCUGCAGCACGCCCCUGCCCCCGUGCCAGCACCAACCCCAACCCUCUCCCCGGCCCCUGCACCGGCCAAGCCCAGCCAGGAGGGCAUCCGGCUGGGCAGGACCGCCAGCAACCAGCCCUUCGCCCUCUACUCUGCCGCUGGCUCCCCCACUGGCCCCCGGAAGCUUCUGGAGCAGCCGGCGUCCCGACACGCGGGGCAGCAGGUGGUGGUCACGCCGGUGCUGACGCCCGAGUCGUCGGCGUUGGCCUCACUGGCGCAGUAUGGCUCGCGAACUGCCUCGCCUAACUCAGACACGCCACCCGCACCCAGCCCGCUGCUGCAGAGCCCCCUGCUGGACACGCGGUGGCAGCACAGUCCCGGUCAGUCGUCCGGCGCCUCUAGCUCCCCAGGUCACCUGACCACCCUACACGUUCUCUGCCCCCCACAGACGCCCAGCCCGAGCGUGACCCCGCGGCCGAGCCCUCGGAGAGAAGCGCGAGCAGCAGAGUGUGUGGUGGACCUCUCCCUGCAGGACGUCAGCACCAUCACCGCCUCACACACACCUCCGCGGCUCAAGGAAUGGUCCGGGGUGACGGUGGCGGUGGCGGUGACGCCGCCGGACACACGCUCUCCAAGCUUCUCGCCGCACAGCUCGCCCUCGCCCAUUCCGGGCAGCAGACCCCUGUCCACCCUCCCCGGACCCACUGCCCUCUCCAGACAGACAUCCACCACAUCCCUAAGCCCCAGGCUCUCCCUAGGGGGGUCACCCACACCCACACCUACACCCCCCCCUCGGGACGACUCAGCGCCCGGGACGCCAGGGGGGGGUGUGCCGCACCCCAAACUGCCCUCUAAUUUGUGAGGUGACCCCCUGGGACGAGCUUGGACUCUGUUUCUCCAUCGUUCAGUAUCAUGACUACAGUUCCCAUGCAACCACGCAUACCGCUGCCGUCCACACGGACGAUCACUCACGGGCACUUGGCCCUCAUGACCUAUGACCUCAUGACCUCCCCAUCCACUCCACCUUUUCUAAACCAAAACUAUUGAAAGCUUUUUUUUGUUUCAGCCAAAUAUAGUGAAUAUCGAGAAAGGAAAGUCUCAAAUGAUAAGAAAGGAAAUGUAAUAAUAAUAAUAAUAAUAGGCGUUUGUCUGGCUGAGUCCUGAGACGAGAUCCUGACCCUCGACUUGUCUUCCCAGAGUUUCCCACAGCUGCUUGAGUGUGUGUGUGUGUGUUUGUGUGUGUGUGGGAGGGGGGGGUCUGUCCCCCUAAAACACAUACAUGAGGUGGGGUGGGGCCGGUUUGAACACAGAAACAGAGAGUUUGUGCUGUCUAUAUACAAAUAAG